AUGUCGACAGAACUCGCUACCGACCCAACGCCGCAGAACGCAAAAACAGGGUCUUCGCAUCCACUUGCGCCACUAUCAGCCUCGGAACUUCAAGCUGCAGCAGCUAUAAUCAAAGCUUCAUGGCCAGCGCACACGGACUUGCACUUCAAAGUCGUCACUUUGGAGGAGCCACCCAAGGUCGAGGUGUUGAAGUAUCUGGAGGCCGAGCAUAGCCAGAAGCCAUUGCCAGCGCUCAGUAGGAAGGCUUUCAUCAACUACUAUAUCAGAAACACCAACAAAUUCCACGAAGCAAUCGUUGAUGUGACGUCAGGGCGGGUAGAACACAAUGUUCUACUUGGCCCAUUCGUCCACGCAAAUGGAGACGCCGAUGAAAUUGUCGCCAUCGAGAAGAUCGCACUCGCUGACGAGAAAGUCCAAGCUGAGAUUGCCAAGUUACAGCUCCCCGAAGGCACGGUAAUCAUCAGCGACCCCUGGAUCUACGGCUCCGAUGGCAUUGGCGACGAGGACCGACUAUUCCAGUGUUUCCUCUACCUCAGAGACCCCAUGAACCAAUCGGAAGCUGACUCGAAUCAUUAUGCCCUGCCACUACCGAUAUCACCGGUCAUCAGUAGCGAGACUAUGACGGUUAUUCGAGUGGACCUCCUUCCUACCGGCGCUGAUAACACGAUCAAGCCUGUUGAGAAGUAUAAGAUUCAGCCGCCGAACGAGUACAUCCCAGAAGCGCAGACUCUACGAACAGACUUGAAGCCAUUGAAUGUUGUUCAGCCGGAGGGUGCUAGCUUCCAAGUCCAGCAACAAGGCACAUCGAGCGUGCUGUCUUGGCAGAAGUGGAAGUUCAGGGUCGGCUUCAAUCAGCGUGAGGGUAUGGUGCUGUAUGAUGUGCGGUACGACAACCGCAGUCUGUUCUACCGCCUGAGUUUGAGCGAUAUGAACAUUCCGUAUGCUGACCCUAGGCACCCGUUCCACAAGAAGUCCGCCUUCGAUCUCGGCGAUGUUGGUGCAGGUAUCAUGGCGAACAAUUUGAAGUUGGGCUGUGAUUGCUUGGGCUCGAUUUACUACCUGAGCGCGGUACUCUCGGACGACAAGGGCGGGGUGGUUGAUAUGCCCAACGUCGUCUGUAUACAUGAGCAAGACGCCGGGAUUGGCUGGAAACACACCAACUACCGAACUGGCCGCGCAGCAGUCGUACGAUCUCGAGAGCUAGUCUUGCAAUCGAUCAUCACAGUGUCGAACUACGAAUACAUCCUUGCCUUCAUUUUCAAUCAGGCCGGAGAAAUCGACUACGAGAUUCGCGCUACCGGUAUCCUAAGCACACAGCCUGUGGAUGAAGGCGUUGAAGUACCCUUUGGGACUGUUGUACAUCCUGGCGUCCUCGCAGUCCACCACCAGCAUAUUUUCAGUCUGCGUGUCGAUCCCAUGCUCGAUGGCUACUCCAACCGCCUCGUCUACGACGAAGCCUUCCCCAUGCCACGAUCAGACUGGAACCCACACGGUACAGGCUACUAUGUGCAAGAAACCAUCGUUGAGAAAUCCGGCGGCUACGACAUUGCCUACGAGAACAACCGGACUUUCAAGAUUCAAAACCCAAAUGUGAGGAACCCAGUGAAUGGCAAGCCUGUGUCAUACAAGAUUCAGGCACCGCCGUUUCAAAAGAUAUUAUCAGACAAGGACAGCUUCAACUACAAGCGUGCAGAGUUCUCGGACCACAAUAUCUAUGUGGUCAAGCACAGGGAUGGCGAGCUGUUCGCGGGUGGGCUGUAUACGAAUCAGUCGCGAGGUGGGACUGGUGUCAGGUCGUGGGCCGAGAGGAAUGAGAAUGUCAAGGACGACGAUUUUGUGGUCUAUAUCCAGGCGGGUAUCAACCAUGUCCCGAGACUUGAAGACUUUCCGGUCAUGCCAUGCGAGAUCCUGAAGAUCCACAUGAAACCAGUCAAUUUCUUUGACAAGAACCCGGCACUUGAUGUACCACCAUCCGAGCAGAGCUUCAACAAGAGCAGCUUACUGAGCGAGCAGCACCAGCAGCCUAGUGUUGAGGCGGUCGUUGGCGAGGAUGGGACGUGUUGUGUGCCGAAGCUGUGA